GUUCGAAAGGCAUCAAGUAAUCUGGACAGAAUAUCUUUGGGGUAUGAGAGGAUAUAACCCGAAGAUUUACCCAGAAAAAGCGUGUAACACAGAAAUAAUGUGGUUGGAACCCAAACCUAAGAGAUGAUCUCUUGUUUCUAAAAUAAAGUCAGAUUCAGUUUUCUUCCUUCGACUACCGAACAGUACAUCUGCUUGCAGUCAAAUUUGAAAUUUGGUAAGGAAUAACAAGUGCAACCAACUCAACUCACAUCCUAUUAUGAUAAACCAUUGCCAUUUCUUAAGACCGACUUUAUUUUACAUUAAACCUAUAAAGUAAUUAUUCCGACGGAUACUCAAAUUUUUCCCAAUUCAAUCAUUGUCAAGUUUAGUUUAGAAAUUAAUAGAAUUUUCAAUGAAUGUGUACAUUCACAAUAUUCUCUUCUGCCCUUAGUAAUGCACUUCUGCUCAACAUGACAUUAACUCUGAUUUUAUCACAUAGGUCCUUUUCCAGACUCUCAUCAACCCCCAGCUAUUUGGAUGACAUUGAAGCCAUUAAGGACAAGUUAAACAUUAUCCAUAUUGAUGAGGUUGUGGCACAUCUGCAAUCUGUUCUUAAGGAGGAGUGCGAGGCUCUGGAAAGCCAUGUUCAGUUUCUACAGGAGUGUGUGGAGCAGGAUAGAUCUGAGGCCACUGUACGAGAGCCUUCUGUUGCAGAGCUGAAAGAAGAAAGAAAAGUAAUUGAAAGAGACCUACAACUUGCAGUACCGACACACUGCUCUCUCAAGUCAGACAAAGUACCAAUCUGUGGGACUAUGCUGAAGAGCUGCAGAGAUAUAAAGCUUUUAAGGGGAUCUUCAGCUAAUAUAUUGAAACCAAGACUUUUGACAGCACUAGCUCCAGUUCAGAAUGACCCAGAAGACACAACAAAGACCCUGUGCAAUCCACUUUUAAGUGUUAAAAACGUCACUCCGCAAAGGACGUUACAUGACACAAAGCUUUCCACUGCAGCUACCGAAAGAUCUUGUCAUCGUAGUGAUGUGCCUCUCAGGAAAUGCAACUGGAACCCGGACAAUCCAUACGCUAACAAUAACAGCCGAAGCCCGUUGGAAUUACCUGAAGUGUCUGUUCCAAGUCUUGAUUCCAUCCAUUUUGUGGACACAGAGCUGAGUCGUUUAGGAUGCCACAUUAAACCUGGAUUCAGUCAGUGCAAUACAGUCACCCGCAACAGCAGGGGCAAAACACAUUUUCAUCUUGUUCCUAUGCAGAGAUCGGCUUCAAGCCCUGGCUUAGAAAGUGCAGGCUCAGCCAGGGCCUCAGGACCAGAAAGCCCCACACAGAUGUUGUCCUCUAAGUUUAGAUUGGUCCCAAAUUGUGGUCCCCCCUCUAAGAUCGCUGUUCGAACACUCAUACCCACACCCCCAUCAGUGGAGAAGCCAGCUGGCGGAGUCCAGUCUGCCUCACGAAGAAUCAGGCUGCUGCAAGGAGAUAACCUUGCCAGCAGCACUUAAGAAAAAAAAACCUUUGUGACCUUCAAGGAUGUUUUUCAAGAUUUCUUUUAAUGUGAAGCGAAGGGAAAGGUGAAGUUAUAUAAAGUCGAAACGUGAUUAAAAAAAUUCACUAUAAAAA